AUGACAGCAGACUUCGCUAAAUUCUGUGAAAACAUUAAAACAGAGUUAUGGCAAGAACUAAGAGGCUUUCGUUGUGCUUUCGAGAGAGAAAUGCGAAAAGAACUCGGAGUGAUAAAGGGAACCAGAGAAAACGAACCCAAUUCUGGUAGACCGCUAACAGUAAGUUUAUCUCUGCCCUUCGACCACGCUGAGAGAGAUCUGAACGCCAAUCUGAAGCCUCAGCUUCAGUCGAUCUAUGCGUCGCUCAAGCUGAACAGCGAAGUCACCGCCACCAAUGUUACCAUUCUGAACAGCCUGUUGGACGACAUCUUAGUUCAGAUGAAGCGGAAGGAUCCUCUCUUCCAUCUGCUUUUCAAGAGGCUCGAAUUCACCGGAAGCUACAAUGACGGGCUGCGGAUCAAAAAGGCAGACGAGUUUGACAUUGACCUUGUGCUGAACCUUCCUUUCGAGAAGGACGAAUUCACCGCGUUGCACGGAUGUCCCGGCCACGUCGGCUACGAAGUCAGUCCGGCAGCCGUGGACAGGCUGCACCGGGAGGGGGACGCCAAGUGGGUUCCGCUCCUGCUGGAUUGGAUGGAUGGCGAGAGGAGGCUCGUUCCAGACAGGGUCACACAAUGGCUCGAAUCGGUUCUCGGCUCUGUUCUCGGGACCUACGUCGUCUCCUCUGGGCCCUGCUCGGCCAUUGAAAAGAUACGGCUGAGGCAGCACGGCCCUGCCGUGACACUUCAUAUCAAACUCAAAAAUGGCAACCAGAUUGACGUGGACCUCGUGCCUGUGAUAGAAUUUCGCCACCCUAGUUGGCCCACAGGCGUCCAGAAGAAAGGCUGGAUGGCUAAUAUGUUACCAGAGGAUUGCAACUGGUUCCUGAUUCCCAAGCCUCCCAUGUCCAUGCCCAAGUCCCACCUAUGGCGGCUCCACUUCCCGAACAUGGAAAAGAGGCUAAUCGAAGACACGGGUUGUGUGAAGCCCAUCAUUCGCUUACUCAAGGCCAUGAGGGACUCGUACGGCUGGAAUCUCUCGUCGUAUUCCCUCAAGACGUUUGUCAUGAGCCAGGUCCUGGAAAAUGACGACGCGCAAUAUUGGCACCCUGACAACCAAGGGAUGCUUUUCGUCAGGGUCCUGGAUUGCCUGGGACACGCCCUGGCACGACCGGGGCCCGCUAUUUCGUUCAUCUUCCACCCGGAAGUGGACCUCAGCGAGACGGUCACGAGAGAGACCAGGGAUAACAUCAGUGGCCAAAUCAAAGCCAUCGUGCGCAAGCUGUGGCUCUUCCCUGACCAGUGCUACGAGCUCGUCUUGAAGAACCAGCCGAAGGGCCGGCCUUCGUCAGACAUUGUCGUGGGAGACGUCGUGUGGAACAACACAAGAAAUAAUGCGUGGAACCAUGUCUCACGACAUUGUUCGACCCAACUGUUGAUGUCCGCUGGUGAUGUAGAAACAGACCUAGACCAUGAUAAGCUUAAUGAAAUGCUAGUAGCUGUGAAGGAAUCUGAGGAAUCAAACAAACAGUAUAUAAAAGAAACAAUGGACAAACUAAGGGAAAUAAAUGCAGGCAUAAGGAAUAUCAACAGCCGAAUGGCACAACUUGAAUCUAUCAAUGAGGUUGCAAGAAUAAAAGAAGACCCUCUUGGGGUGAAUGCAGCAAUUCGCGAGGUGAAAACUGAAGUAAACAUUAUAUCUCGUCGAAUACUUAAGAGCGUAGGAAUACGCAAUAGGCGUAAGAGCACGCUUAUUCGGUUCAUCUUGUCAAAUGAACCGAAUAAGCGAAUGCAACGCAGUAACAUUGUACGGUCAAAUGUUAUAAGGAACGUCUCUACUACGAAAACGCCCAUUUAACGUGUGUUCAUUAUAUGUUAUUUUUUUUUAAAUUAAAGCAGAACAAAGGACGAGGGACCAGAUCAAGAAAGGCAGACACAGCGCAGACACACAGCCACAUUUUGUUGAUAUAAACGUUCCAUUUUUAAUGACUGUUUUCCCUGAUCAUACUGCAUGGGUUAGUUUGGUGUCCAAAUUGCCCGAGGCAAAAGUGUUGGAGCUUAUGGAUCUCACAUUGUUGCAAACAUGUGACUCCAGGAACCAAUCAUGUAAGAUUGCAAAGCCUUUUGUGCGGAUUAGAAGUUUUUUUUCUUCUAGAUGGUUAGUUGUUUGAGGCUGCAGCUACAGUGCCUUAAGCUGUCCAGAUCUCUCUUAGGACAGUGCCAAAGCCUCAAGAGAAAUAGCAACUGUAUGAUUCUCAGACACUAAGUUGCUGUGUCGAGAAUAUGGCAACAUCUGUCUCCCCUAUCGAAGGUCCACUUGGCCAGAGAAGCAGUGACUAUACUCACUCAUUAGUGGUCACAAUAAUGCUAUCCUUAUACAACGACUGAAUACCUUGAAACCAGUGGAAGAGAGGUGUAUAUUUGCAUGUGCAUUUAGUUUUCUUGUUACAACCUGUUGUGUUUCCCGCACUUGCAAGGUCUCUCACUGAAGGACCAGCAGACACCUCUAAAUAAGCUUUAAAACAAAAGACUACGACGCAAACUUUCUUCAAGUAUUAUUGCCAUGCCGCGGCGUUGUUCUUAACAUAUGCAUACAUUGAUCCCCGUUCUAUAACUGCCAUAGCAAGGAUAUCACAGCUCAUCUAAGGCCAGGUGACAAUUGUUAUCCUCUGUAUGCUUCUACACAUAUUGCUCAAUUUUGUGUCAUGGUGUUUUUUUUUUUUUCUACAGUGUUACAUAGGAAAACAAAAUUUUUGUUCAGUGAUUCUCAGUCUGUGCCAUCUUCAAUUGUCCACAUGUACGUGUACAAACGGUUUAAAAGGGAAUAAAGAGCGUGAGAGCUUUCAA